AAAUUGGUGUGUUCAUCUAUAGUCUGUGCACGAUCAGAGAAUACAUUAGGAGAUGUUCAUUCACACCUUUUCAGAAAGCUGUCCUCCCUUCUGCUUCCUGUUGCAUUCUCUUUAAUCAGGUUUGAAUCACUGCUUUUUCUGCCAUGAAUUGCUGUGCUUCUUCAUACAGCGUCUAUCAUCUGUGCUUGUGCUGCAGUGCUCAUUUUGAAAUACUUUCUUUGAUUGAACUUAAAACUUCACUUCGAGUUUAACUCCUCUCUUUGCGGUUUGAAGUUUUCUUGUGCCUGGCUUCUCCAAAGUGGAAAUGCAAAUGUUUGUCAUAGCAUCCUCCCUAUGAAAGUGUGUGCGCAUGUGUGCAUGCAUACUGAUGUUUCUGUGUUCUCCCAGCAGCUCCAUGUUUCUGUUUUGCUGCACUGACCUCCCAGCUGGCAGUGAUUCCUUUCCCAGCAAACUGCACAUUUGCCUUCCUCUGUGUAAACUAUUAAAACCAGAUGAGCAGAACCAAAUCUGUUAUGAUGCACUUUUGUAGGCUGAUUUCAUUCCCUGGUUAGGAUGGUGGGCUGACUCAUGAAAGCUGUGGGGGGAAGUUUAUGCUAAACUAUCCUGCUUGAUUCUACAUCUGUUGUUACCCAAGUAAAUUAAUGUUCCGGGGAACCCCACAUUGUUCAGCUGUCCUGUCAAUUGAAUAUUGCUUUGGGUUCUCAGUAAGCCUGUGGUAGCUUUGGAAAAAAUCCAUAGCCAGAGUUCAAUAUGUCAGGAUGUGACGCAUCUCUUCUCAACAUUUUUGGAGCGCUUGUUAACUAAUUCGUAGCUGUCAAGCUGUUGGUUAAAAGAGUUCUAUACCGUUUUGUUAAUUAACGAGAUUUGCUAGAUGAUUUCUGGAUCACAGAUAUGGCUUUGUAACCAUCAGUGCUCUUCAUAGCGUGGAUGACAAUAACUUUGUGCUUUGAAAGGCCAUCGAAGGUGCUGAAUGUCAUCCUGUAUUGUUGCUACUGGGAAUAAUGAUCAUGCUGUGUCCUCUGACCACAGUUCUGUUAGGGGAGAAAAAAACUAAGACACUUCAUGCAGUCUGAUGUCUUCUGUGUCCCAGGGGUCCUGUUUUCAGAGUGAUAAGUGAACAAUGCUAGUGCAUGUGCACGGUGUCAGCUACAGUCUGUUGUGUGGAUGGCCACCUGUGCUCCCAGAAAUAGCUUGUCCAAGACUUGGUGAUCCUUCCCAGAAGGAGCCCAUCAAGAACUGAGCACCAGUGGCAAAUUAAGUAACCAGUGGCAUAAGUAGUUAUGAGGUGGGGCUGCUUUGUGAAGGCUCAUGUCCAUGUGAUGAGCAGCUGCUGCUUGUUAUAACAUUCUGGCUGGUUUGUCUGUUAGGGUUUGCUUUGCCUCCUAAUGGUGGUGUGUGAAAUUGUGUGAGAACUGACUUCCCACAGAAACAGUUGACUUCAGAUGUUUUCAUGCAUUCUUGCUUUCCUUGGGGCAGAGUGUCUUGUGACCAACCUCACAGCUGAACUACAGGCUCUGGCACUGCCAGGGUUUGAUCAUCCCCUGCAGUCUAAAUGGGCUGUUGGAAACCACAAGAUGUUUUCUGUGCAGGAAGGAGUUAAGCAUGAUGAAUUUGCAAUAGCCAGCCAGCUUUCCCAUAUAAGAGCAGUGCACUCAUUGGCUCUCUCUUUUACUGAGAAAUCUAUCUAGUCAUUUCCUGUGCAAGCCCUUCUUCACUUUGCAAAAAGCUCUACAGUUGGGUAAAUAAUCAGGCAGUUAUUCCUUCUCACAGGCUGGAUUCUUUCAUGGACCACCACCAAGUAGGAUUUCAGUGUCGUGCCAUCACCAGAGUGCUGAGAUGAGUGUGGUGGUCUCUGCAGAAGAAAAGAGUUCUCAUGCAUGGAUGUAAAUAAUUUGUGGGCUGCUUUCAUGCUUAUUAACACAUGUUAUUUGACAUCAUUUCUUCGGGGAAGCUAUUUGGCUUCUGAAGGCUCAGUUGGGACUCCCUGUGAGAUCAGUUCUUGGGUGGAGCUUGCAGCAACUUGGGGUUUAUCCUCCCAGUGGGGAACAUCUGGUGAUCUGCAAGCCCACCUCUGCUAGAAAUGGAUAACUUCACAAAUGAUCAGUCAGGCCCGUGUCAGAGGAACAGGUUGGUAGGACUGCUAGAAACAGAUGACAGCAUCCAGGAGGAUAAGCCUGCAUCUAGUUCAAAGGAAGAAAGAUCAGGACAAUAUGGAAGGAAGGGAGAGCCCCGGCCCUUGGAGUCACCUUACCAGAAGGAAAGCAGUGACUACUCUCCUAAAGUCAUGAUUAACCUGAACUAUCGGCCAGGACUUGUGAGCAACCAAAAGGACCCCAAUCGCUUUGACAGAGACAGGCUCUUCAGUGCAGUCUCACGGGGCAGCCCUGAGGCACUGGAUGGCUUACUUGAGUACUUAAGGAGGACCUCAAAAUUUCUCACCAAUUCUGAAUACACAGAUGCAAAGACUGGGAAGACUUGCUUAAUGAAAGCUCUGCUGAAUUUAAAAAAUGGAAGGAAUGACACAAUCCCUCUUUUGCUGGAAAUAGAUCAGAAGACACAGAAUCCCAGGCCUCUUGUCAAUGUGGCAUGCUCUGACUGUUACUACAGAGGCCAGACAGCACUCCAUAUUGCCAUAGAGAAAAGGAGUCUGGACAUAGUGAAAGUUCUAGUAGAGAAUGGAGCUGACGUCCAUGCCAGAGCUCAUGGUGAAUUCUUCAGGAAGAAGAAAGAGGGAGUUUGCUUUUAUUUUGGUGAACUUCCCCUCUCUUUGGCUGCCUGUACCAACCAGUUUGAGGUGGUAGAAUAUCUUAUAAACAACCCCCACCAAAAAGCCAGACUCCAGGAGCAAGAUACACAAGGAAACACAGUCCUCCAUGCCCUGGUGAUGAUUGCAGAUGACACUGAGGAGAACACCAAGUUUGUGAGCACGGUAUACGUUGAAAUCCUGAAGGCAGGUGUGAAGACUGACCCGACAGUGAAACUGGAGGAGAUUGUGAAUUAUGAUGGAUUAAAUCCCCUGCAACUUGCUGCCAAGACAGGCAAAGUGGAGAUCUUCAAACACAUCAUCCAAAGAGAGAUCAAAGACCCAGUGUACAGGCACCUGUCCCGCAAGUUCACUGAAUGGACCUAUGGACCUAUCCAUGUCUCCCUCUAUGACUUGUCUUCUCUAGACAGCUUUGAGGAAAACUCUGUGCUGGAGAUUCUGGCAUACAGCAGUGACACACCAAAUCGGUACAAAAUGGUGGUUUUGGAGCCUCUGAACAAAUUGCUUCAGCAGAAGUGGGAAACAUUUGCUUCCAAGAGAUUCUACUUCAGUUUUAUCUCAUACUUGUCAUUCAUGAUCAUCUUUACAGCCAUUGCCUACUAUCAGCCCUUAAGGGUAAAGCCUUCAUUUCCAGUGGAGUUCACAGCUGGAGGCUUCCUGUGGGUUUCUGGGCUGAUCAUUAUUUUGCUUGGAGGUGUAUACCUAAUUUUUGCUCAGAGUCUGUAUCUGCGGAGGAGACGCCAGUCCCUGAAGACUAUGUGUUCUGACAGCUGUGUUGAGAUCUUGAUCUUCAUCCAGGCUUUCUCAUUGCUGUUGUCAGCAGUCCUGUAUGGCGCAAGUUCAGAAAACUACGUGGCAGUGAUGGUGUUCUCCCUGCUUCUGGGAUGGGUGAACAUGCUGUACUACACCCGCGGCUUUCAGCGCAUUGGCAUUUACAGUGUCAUGAUCCAGAAGACUAUCCUGAGAGAUCUGUUGCGUUUCCUCUUGGUUUAUAUUAUCUUCCUCUUUGGCUUUGCUGCAGCUCUGGUUACGCUGAUGGGAGAUGCUCCUUCACUCUCUCAGAACAAAUCUGUUGCUCAGAUGGAGAAUGCUGGGAGCCAUGCUAUGUAUGGUGGGCUGCUCAGCGUCUCCCUGGAGCUCUUCAAGAUCACCAUUGGGAUGGGUGACCUGGAUUUUCACGAACAUGCCAGAUUCAGAUACUUUGUCAUGCUUCUGCUGCUGCUUUUUGUGAUCCUCACUUACAUCCUAUUGCUCAACAUGCUGAUUGCACUCAUGAGUGAGACUGUCACUGAUAUUUCUGGUUACAGCAAAAGUGUUUGGAAGCUGCAGAGGGCUAUUGCUAUUCUAGAAAUAGAGAAGGCCUGGCUGUGGCGCCAAGGAGGAAAGAGGAGAUCUGGCUGCUUGAUGUCAGUGGGCCUCAAUAAAAAAGAUGAGAGGUGGUGCUUCAGAGUAGAGGAAAUAAAAUGGACAAGUUGGGCAAAGGAAGUGGGAGUUCUCAAGGAAGAGCCUGGAAACACCAAUGAUUUGGAAAUAAAUCCGGAAGAGACGAGAUCACGGAAACAGGUGCCACAGACACAACUGAGAUCAGCUGUUUCAGAGGAGCAGUCACUGCUGCAGCCCCAGCUACCAGCAACUGAGAUGAUGCCCCUAAAGGGACAAACCAGAAAUCUUUAGCGGGUUUUCUUGUUUGCAACCUUGCUUCCAUCUUCAAAGGAGUAGUUCUUCCUAUAGCAGCUGGAAGAAUUGAAGGCAUUAUCAGUGUUAAAGUGCAUUUCAUCAAUGACUGUGGUUCACCCUGUGACAUUAAAUGUUUUCAUGCACUUUAAUUAUAAAUUUUCCUCUGAAGAAACCAUUUUUUUCCUCAACCUUUUCUGACUGACACUUUCCUAUUACCACGUUUAAAGGUGCAAGAGAAAGAUCAUAGGGGCAGUGGGGAGCAGUCUUUGAGAAGGCAGUGCUUUCUGAGCUGCAUAGAAAUAAUGUUGUUUGCCAUAGAGAAACAAAGAAUGGAGUUCACCUAUCUAAGAAUGGGUUAACUUAUUCUUCUGUCACAACACAACAACCUGCACUGAAGAGCUUUGCAAUAAAGAGCAUUUUAGAGGCAUAAAAAAUCGUUAAUGAUGGAACUGGCUUCUGUGUAAAACACUGCUGUUGUGAGAUGUGAGGGGACAAAUAUUCAGGUUUCAGCCAUCGUGAGCCAUGCCAAGUCUUUGUCUCAGUACCUGCAGUGCUGGGAUCACACCAGAAUUCCCAUUUUAUACUAUAUAAUGAAAUCAUUUGCACAAUGUGCACAUUUGCUUAAGAGCACAAAAGUAACGUGAGUUUUCUGGAACUGUAACUUCACCAGGUGAAUUUCUGAAGCAUCUGUCUUUUAGAGAUAGCAUUGUUUCUGUAGAAAGCAGCAGCAGAAUUUUACACGUUGCUUCUGAGAGAUAGAUGGUCCAAAGUGCUCCAUGUGGUUAACGUUUCCUGUCAGUCGUAGUGAGCUUCUUAUCUUUCUGUAAUUGACUACGAGAACCUCAUUGCUUUUUUGUAUGUGCACACUGCCUCAGGGUGGGAAAUGUCUUAAGCUCUGAAGAGGAGGAAAAAAUGAGCUAUCUCACUUUUAGCCUACAUUUAAAAAUAAUAAUGUACUAUUCUGCAGAUUAUAAAUAUAGCAAGUUUACUUA